CGUAAUAAAGUGAAGGCCUUGCGAUCUAAUUUCAACAAGAUAAUACGUCUGAAUUCUGUUAGUGGGGCGGCUCACAAAACAUGUGAUUAUUAUGAUGAGCUCUAUGAAAUGUUCGGCCAUCGUCCAGCAGUUGAUUAUACUAAUAUGGGAGUGGAUAUUGGAAUCACAAAUGCGGUAUCACUAGAAAUUGAGGAAUCACAGAAUGCAAUGUUUUUCAGCACACCAGAAGAGCCAGACUUAGGUACCGAAGAAGCGGCAGCUUCCACUACUGACACCUCUGGUGAUACUUCGUCUAUUUAUGGAGGAAAUUCAGAAUCUGGAAAAAAACAUUCGGUUGACUUGGAAGACCUCUUCGAAAAACAGAGGGAGUGGGAAGAAAAAAUGAUGCAUGAACAAAUGGAAGCUCACGCCCAAAUGAUGAGAGAGACUGUGCAAGAGAUGGGGUCGGUAUUUUUUGCAUGCGUGUCCCAGCUUUCAAAAAGUCGAGAUACCAACGAAUGAAUCAAGUCUACUUGGCCACAACAACCAUGCUCAAGUGUUGGAAAUGUUUUUAUUCUUUAAAUAACAAAUUGAAUUUGGCUCUGUCGUUGUGCAUGUUGAAAUAAAUAUAAAAACCAAAACAAUG